GUAUGUAUCUCAGCUACAGCCACAGUCUAGUCUGACUUCAGCAUGGACGGCUUCGCUUACAACCCGGACACGGCUGGCAACCUCUACAACCCUAACAGGACUCCUCACUACUCUUUGCUACUGGUCACCCUCUACAGCUUAGUGAUUUUGGAGAUAGGAGGUCAUGGUGCGACAGCGACAUCAUUCUUUUACACAGGAUACGACAGAACCAGUGACCAGGAGCUGAGGAUAAUGAUGGUGGGGAAGACUGGGACUGGGAAGAGCGCAACUGGAAACACCAUCCUGGGACGAGAGUGUUUUGACUCCAGGUUCAGUGCUAAGUCGUUGACAGUGGUCUGUUCCAAAGGUGAAGGUACAGUAAAUGGUUGGAAGGUUGCUGUCAUCGACACCCCGGGGCUGUUUGACACCAGAUUUGAGAUGGAGAAGACAGAGAAAGACGCGACCCAGUGCAUCACGUACGCUGCUCCUGGACCCCACGUGUUCUUAGUGGUCAUCAGGCUGGGCAGGUACACUGAGGAGGAGAUGAAGACAGUGCAGAGGAUUCAGGAGAUCUUUGGCCAGGCAGCAGACAGAUACAUUAUGGUUCUCUUUACUCACGGGGACCAGCUUGACGGGACCACGAUUGAGGACUUCUUGGAUGAAAGCCCUGACCUUCUGGGACUGUUAGCCAGAUGUAACUGGCAGUACCACGUCUUCAACAACAAGAACAAAGAUCGCUUUCAGGUGACCUUGUUGCUCCGAAAGAUCAGAAGUCUUGUUGAGGAGAACAGAGGGAACCACUACACCAACGAGAUGUUCCAAAAGGUCCAGAGGGCUCUGGAGGAGGAGAAACAACGCAUCCUGGAAGAGAAAGAAGAAAAGGAACGCAAAGAAAGAGAAGAGCUGGAGCGCAAAGCAAAGGCUCAGUUUGAGAAAGAUGUGAUUGAGAUUAAUGAGCAGUUUCAGACUGAGAGAGAGAGGGAGAGGAAGGAGGGAGAGGAGCAGAGGAAGAGGGAGAAGGAGGAGAUGGAGCAGGAGAGAAAGACGGAGAGGGAGGAGAGAGAAGCACAGAAGAAGAGAGAGAGAGAGGUGUGGGAAGAGGAGAUGAGAAGACUGAAACAGCAGUAUACAGUUGAUCUUUAAUAUCUUUUCAAAACAGCUGAAACAAAAUUUUUCAACAACAAAAGAAAACUGUCUAAAUAAUCGGAAAGAAUCAGCAAAAAGACAAAGAAAACAGGAAAGUUCUCUUUCCCUUAAUAGGAAAUAUGCAGUUGCAGAAUACUUACGCACUGUGAUUGAUCCACAGCUGAGGAAAGGCUUGACCUCGUACAGACUCAGUGAACACAACUUUGGUAUUAUGACAGGACGCCACAGACAAAGCUGGACCCCUAGACUGUCACCGACUGCUGCCAACAGGAGGUGGAAACAGAGCUUCACUUUCUAACUGUCUUCUUUCCACCUGUCCUUUCAGCACAGACAUCAGAGAAGUUCUUUCCACUUUUCCCCAGCCCUCCAAAGUUCACUCCAUGUGGACAACACUUAGAAUAGGCCAGUGUAAGUGCCCUCUAAUUGGACGAAUUUGACAGAGUGCCUUAUAAAGUUCCCCUUUAAGUGAACAGUAUCUGAUAAUAUGCCCUCUUUACAGCCCUCUCAGUUGAAAAGAUGCCAAAAUUCCCUCUGCCCUCUUAGGUUUACAUUAUUUGAUAUCGUGCCCUUUAAGAUGUCAAUCUAUCUAGUUGGACAAAAUUGGACAAAGGUCUAGGUCACCCCUUUAAAUGGUAAAAUGUUGACAAAAUGCCCUUAAAAUUCCCAUUUAGAAGACAAAAUUGGACAGUUUGCCCUCUAGGGUUUCCAUAGAAAGGGCAAUAAACGAUUAAUUGCCCUUCCUAUGAACUAAAUUUGAUAAUGUCCCCAUUAUGGUGUUCUGCGGGUGGACAAC